AUGAUUGCUCUUGAUGGCAGAACCCAGAUGACAAGACUCGAGAAAGGAAAAGGCGCAGAAGUUGCUGCAUAUUGUCGUUAUUUGGACAUGGAGUGGCGUGACGUCAACUCGCCUUUGUUAACGCUCGUCUAUCCCAAUAACGCCGUUCAUUGCUGCAAUCACCCAAACGCAACGCAUAUGAGCGUUACUGCUGGUCCACAAGACAAACUUACUGAUGCGGUCAAAAUACUGGACAAAAGGCCUGGAGACGUUAUUUAUACAACUUCGUUGUGUCUCCCGCCGAUUUAUGGCAACGAAAGCAAAUGGCUUAUGUUAGCAGAAAUGGUCGAGCACUAUAGGUUGCAGGGCCUUGACCAUUUCUAUUUAUAUGUAAAGGAAAUUGAUGACUAUUCCAAAAAGCUCCUUCUAAGUUAUGAGGCUGAUGGUGAUGCAGAGCUCAUAUAUUUCAAAGCCGACAUAAAAGGAGCUCAUCUUCAGUAUGCGGGGAUACAGGUAUGGGGCGGCAUGCAACAAUCUCCUGUUCAUGAUGAUCGGAUGAGCGUUCAGUGUUCCCGCUACCCAACGUCAUUGCCGGGUGGUUACCCAAACUUAAAGGGAGCCCGCGCCCCUGCAAGUUUGGCUAACCACCCGGCGAUGAUGUUGGAUAACCACCCGUAA